AUGGGCUGCGUCGCGAGCAAAGACGCGCGCGACGAGCGCGGCGCGACGUACAAGGCUGGCGUCGAGCGCGGGUCUCUCGACGCGCCGGGACGACGCCGCGCGACGAGAUCCGAUGACGAAAAAGCGAAAAACGACGACGACGACGAUGAUGGGGCGAAAACGCGCGCGACGCCGCCGCCUAUUCCGCCGCCCGCGGUGGACGCGCGAGCGGAGAAAGCGCGACGCGCGCGCGCGAAGAAGAAGCGCGUCGCCAUCGCGGUCGAGGCGCUCGCGUCCGACGCGUCCAUCACCAAAGUCCCCAAGGACAAGGCGUCCACCAAGCUCAUCUUAAACGCGGUGGAACGAAACAUCCUCUUCGACGGCCUGAACGAAGAGACGCGCCUCGUGCUCGCGUCCACGAUGACGCGCGCGGUCGCGGCCGCGGGUCAGGACAUCAUCUCGCAGGGCGACGACGACGCGUCGCACUUCUACGUCUUAGCGUCCGGCGCGGCGACGGUGCACGUGCGGCGGGCGCGCGAGGCGGAGACGGACGACGACGACGCCGGCGCGCGCGACGACGACGACGACGCCGGCGACGCCGGCGACGACGAAAACGUCUCCAACUCCGAGAAGGACGGACGCGACGAAAGCGAAAGCGAAAACGCAAACGCCCCCGCCGCGGAUGAAGAAGAGACGCGGGUCGGGUCGUACGUCGCCGGCGACUCGUUCGGCGAGCUCGCGCUGCUGUACAGCUGUCCGAGGGCGGCGACGGUGCGCGCGACGGAAGAGUGCGCGCUCUGGCAGCUCGAGCGGCGCGUGUACGUGAACGUCAAGCGCAGUUACCAAGGCGCGUGCGUCGCCGCGGCGGAAUCCGUCUCCAGACGAUUUCUUUUCCGACUGCAGCGCCGCAAGCGCGCGCUCGUGGAGUCGUGCGAGCUCCUCGCGCCGCUCGGGGAGGAGAACAAGGCCACGCUCGCGGACGCGCUGCGGCCGGUGACGUACGACAAAGGCGACGCGAUCAUCCGACGCGGGGACGUCGGCGACCGUUUUUACGUGCUCGCGAGCGGCGAGGUAUCGAUCAAGAACGACCGCGGCGACGUCAUCGGCGCGGUCAAAGAAGGCGGCAGCUUCGGUGAAAAGGUACGUUUCGUUUCGUUUCGCGCGGUGGGUGGCUUCCACCCCGCGCCGCGUCGGUUCGUAUCUCAUCUCACAUCGCGUCGGUUCGUAUCCUCUUCGCAGGCGCUCAUGAACGACGACGUGCGAAAAGCCGACGUCGUCGUCGCCUCCGACCACGCGGAGUGUUUCUACCUCGACCGCGACAAGUUCAACGAACUCCUCGGCUCCUACGACGAGAUGUGGCGCUGGCUCACGCUGCGUCGCGUCCCGAUGCUCGCGACCGUGUCCGACGCGGAGCUAAACGAGAUCACCGCGUGUUUGUCCAAGCCGAAGGCGCGUUUGCGAUCACAGUGGUCCCCAUACGACCCCGCGUUCGCCGCCGGCUCCGUCGUCUUCGACGUCGGCGACCCCGGGGACUCGAUGUACGUCGUCGAGCGCGGCGUCGUCGUCGUCACGGACGCGAACGACCGCGUCGUCGCGCGCGCGAAGGACGGCGACGUCGUCGGCGAGCGGUCGCUCAUGGGAAGCGAACGCCGCGCGCUGCGCGCGACCGUCGACGUCGACGCGAACGCGCCCGCGUCGUUGUUGGAGCUCAGGCGCGUUCGAGUCACACUGGUCCCCGUACGACCGCGUCGGCGUGGUGAACUUCAUUCCUUAAGGACUUUCUCUCCCGGCGUUCGUUACUCUCCGCCCAACCCUCGACGCGGCGACCUCGAGCGCAUCCUCGGCGACGGUCUCCGCGAGGUCACCACGCGCGCGCGCCUCGCGUGCCUCUCGCACGUGACGCUCCUCCGGUCGCUCAAUGACGACCAGCGCACGAAGCUUGUGCCGUUCUUGACGCCGCGGCAGUACGACGAGGGCGACGUCGUGUUCAGAGAGGGCGAACGCGGCGAUCGGUUUUACAUCGUCGAGACCGGGAACGUCGCGAUUCACCGCGCGAGGAAGGGCGGGGGUAAAAAAACGCAUCGGGAAGAGACGUUAAAGCUCGUCACGAGAGGCGAAUAUUUCGGCGAGCUCGCGCUCCUGCGAGGGGAUCCGAGGGCGGCGAGCGCGACGGUGGAGAAAGGCGGCGCGUUCGUGCUGUCUCUGAGCCGCGACGAUUUCGUCGAGCACCUCGGACCGCUGCAAGAGAUUCUCGACCGGGACGCGGUGAACGAAUACGGCGUGACGCCUUCGAAGAAAGGUCAAGGCGGUGGAUCAGGCGGAUCACGCGGCGGUAACGGUGGCAAGAGGAGCUUGGACGUCUCGAGCAUGAGCGACUUCUCGGUGAAAGCGGUCCUGGGCGUCGGCGCGUUCGGAAAGGUCUUCCUCGCCACGCGCGAGGACGAGGUGUACGCGGUUAAAUCUCUCUCUAAAGCGCAGAUUCUCGGCGCGCAGCUGCAGCACCACGUCAUGCAAGAGAGGGACGUCAUGAAAGACUGCGACUCGCCGUUCACGGUGAGACUCGUCGCGACGUUUCAAGACCGCGCGAUGUUGUACAUGUGCAUGGAAACGGUCAUGGGCGGGGAGUUAUUUAACCACCUCGCGCGCGUCGGCGGCGCGCUUCACGAGGAUACCGCGCGUUUCUACGCCGCGUGCGUCGUCCUCGCGUUUCAGUACCUCCAAGCGAAGCACUACGUCUAUCGCGACUUGAAACCGGAAAACCUGCUCAUCGACCGAAACGGCUUCCUCAAGAUCGCGGACUUUGGCUUCGCGAAGCGUUUACUCCCCGGCGAAAAGACGUACACGCUGUGCGGCACCCCGGAGUACAUGUCCCCGGAGCUGUACAAGCAAUCCGGCCACAACAAAGGCGUGGACUGGUGGGCGCUCGGGGUUUUAAUCUACGAGAUGGUCGUCGGCGCGCCUCCGUUUUACUCCCCCGGCGGCGACGGCGAGACGCAGUGGCGACGCAUCCUCGUCGCGAAGUACUCGUUCCCAUCCGGCGUGACCCCGCACUUCAAAGACAUCGUCCGGAGGUUGCUGACCGUGAACUCGGUUCAGCGGUUAGGCUGUCUGAAAGGCGGCGUGAAGGACGUGAAGUUGCACCCGUGGCUGAGAAGCGUGGACUGGGUGUCGCUCGCGCAGCGGACGCACGCGGCGCCGUUCGUGCCUCCGAUCUCCGGCGACGACGACCCCGGGUGCUUCGAUCCGUACGACCUGGACGUGGAGCACCCGGGGGAGGAGUUCCUGCGAGGGAAGGGCGGGAGGAACGGCGGGGUGUCCAGGCGCGGGGACGAGUUCUUCUCGGGGUUUUAA